AUGGAUAAGGGCUUGAUGCCAAGAGCGUCCGCAAUUGUGGAGGGCGCACUGCGAAAUGUCAAUUUAAUCAUCGAACCACCGGCGGUCAGACGCGGCCAACAUGCCAUCGUGCGUUGCCUGUACGAUUUGGAAGGGACGCCCCUCUACUCGGCCAAAUUUUAUCGCGGCCAAUUGGAGUUCUAUCGCUAUACACCUGGUGAAUUUCCGAAUACGAAAGUUUUUCCAUUUCCCGGCAUACACGUCGAUGUGACCAAUUCGAAUGCAACGCAAGUGCUCAUCCGCAAUGUGGGUUUCGGUUUGUCCGGCAACUUUUCUUGCGAAGUGACAGCCGACGCGCCACUUUUCUCAACUGCCACCGCCACGGGUAUUAUGCAAGUUGUUG